AUGUCCGAUUUAACCAAACGCCUAUCCGGGCUAAAUCCCUUCUCGUCGUCGAAUCCUGAAAAGCGGAGGGAGAGCGAGGACGAUGACAAGGGCGAAGAAAUCGACGCGACCACGGUUGCCGGCGGCGGACACGGCGGGCGCACGUCGGAAAUCACAAAGAACCAGCUCCGCGUCAGCCAGGCGCUCCGGUCCUUCCUGGUCGACCGCAUGGUGCUCAGCGAGGCCGAGGCCGGGCUCGACGCCGACGACGACGGGCGGCCGUCGACGGCGGCGCUCAAGGCGCUCCUGGAGCAGUCGCACAUCCGAGUGCCCGCGGCACUAAUGGACCGGUCGCGGCCGCUGCCCGAGUACUUCGUCAGCUCGAGCCACAACACGUACCUGCUGGCACACCAGCUCUUCGGCGCGUCGUGCGCGACGGCGUACGAGACGGCGCUCAACACGGGCUCGCGCUGCGUCGAGAUCGACGCGUGGGACAACCCGGACGACCGGGCCGAGCCAAAGGUGACGCACGGCUACACGCUCGUGUCCAACAUACCGUUCCGGCUCGUGUGCGAGACGAUCCGCGACGUCGUCGACCGCGAGGCCGCGGCCGCGGCCGCCGAGGGCGACCGCCAGGGAUACCAGGCCGCCCCGAUCCUGCUCUCGCUCGAGAACCACUGCGACGCCGAGGGCCAGCAGCGGCUGGUCGACAUCAUGCUCGAGGUGUUUGGCGACCGGCUGCUGAGCGAGCCGGUGCGCGCGGCGGCGGCGGCAGGCGCCGGGGAGCCCGGGUACGGCGACCACGUGCGGCUCGAGGAGCUCGGGUCCAAGGUGGUCGUCAUGGUCGAGUACCACUUCGCCGGCGAGCGCGCCGACGACUCGGACUCGGACAGCGACACGUCGUCGGACGACGAGGAGGAGCGCCGGGCGCGGCGCGAGUACAAGCGCAAGCGCGAGGAGACGGCGGCCGCCAACAGCAUCGUCAUACCCGCGCUCGCCGGCCUGGGCGUGUACGCGCAGUCGGUCAAGCCGCAGAACAACAGCUGGUUCGAGGACGCGGCGGCGCUGGCCGAGCCGGCGCUGCCGCACCACCACCUCAUCAACGUGUCCGAGUCCGGGCUGGCGCGCCUGCUGCCCGACGCGGCGCGCAACGUGUCGGCCCACAACGCCCACCACCUCAUGCGCGUGUACCCAAAGGGCACGCGCAUCAGCUCGCGCAACCUGCAGCCGCGCCAGUUCUGGGCCGUCGGCGCCCAGGUGUGCGCCCUCAACUGGCAGACCUUUGGCGCCGCCAUGCAGAUCAACGAGGCCCUCUUCUCGGGCACCGACGGCUUCCCGUACCUGACGUGCACGCUCGUGCACCCGGACGGCGAGACCAAGCGCAAGACGCGGCCCUACCGCCGGCACCGCCUGACGGGGUUCCUGCGGCCGGGCAGGGAGUCGCCCGAUCCCACGGACCCCAUGUGGGACGAGACGCUCGAGUGGGAGUACGACGACGACGAGCUCGUGUUCCUGCGCCUGCUCGUCAAGAGCGACGACGCCUUUGCGCGGAAUCCCGUCUUCGCCGUCGCCGCCAUGCGCCUGCUGUACGUGCCCGAGGACGCGGGCUGGUCCUUCAUCCGCAUGCUGGACCUCAAGGGCCACGAGACGAGGUGCGCGCUGCUGGUCAAGAUGGAGAUUCUGGACCGGUGA